UGCCAGAGGUUUUUCCAACGGUUAUCAACAAUGAUCAUGGUUCCUACGGAAUUUUCCUGGAUUGUUCUAUUUUUUGCUUUCAUUACAACCAUCCCAGUAAAAACCAUGGGAAAUUCCAACUUAUCAAAAGUUUCUCCUUCAAGGGAAAAAUGUCAAAACGUAUACAACUCCAACAAUUUCUAUGCAGGGCCAAACAAGGAAUUCGAAACAUUUCUUCAUGAAGUUAAGAAGGAGCUCAGGGGGAUACGAGAGGAUAUCAGCAAUCUGAAAGGAAAUAGAACAAAUGUUGAAGUCUACAAGAACUGUGCUGAACUCUACAAAGCUGGAAAACGAAUCAGUGGUGUUUACACUAUCGAUCCUGACGACGCCGGUGCCUUUGAUGUCUUUUGCGACCAAAAGACAGCUGGUGGAGGGUGGACAGUGUUCCAAAAGAGACUGGAUGGCUCGGUUGAUUUCUACCUUGGAUGGGCUGACUACAAACGAGGCUUUGGAAAUUUAAACGGUGAGUUUUGGCUCGGACUGGACAAGAUUCAUCGGCUGACAAAAGAACGAUGCAGAAUUCACGUGGACCUUGAAGAUAUCAACGGAAAUACUGCAAUUCACGUGGACCUUGAAGAUAUCAACGGAAAUACUGCGUAUGCCGAGUACGACUUUUUUGGUGUUGCCAGCGAGAGAAGCAAAUACAGACUGAGUCUUGGAUCAUACUCUGGAACUGCUGGAGACUCAUUUUCUUAUCACAGAGGCUCUGCAUUUUCCACUAAAGAUCAAGACAACGACCAGAAUGGUGGCAGCUCAUGCGCAAAACGUUGCAAAGGAGCCUGGUGGUAUAACUCCUGCCUUUCUUCCAAUCUCAAUGGUCUUUACCUACACGGCUCACACUCCACUUCAUGGGAAGGUGUGAACUGGUCCAAAUGGAAAGGCCAUAGCUACUCCGCUAAACGAGCUGAGAUGAAAAUCAAACCGGUUAUUUAAUUUUCGUCAUUCUCUUGAUUCCUCAUAGAACUAAUUUUUUCCGUUUUCUAAAAAUGGGAAUAGAGACACGCAAGGUAGAAUGUUGCAUGAUGGGUGAUGGGUUUAGAGAAUCUUUCAUUGAAUGAAGAUCAAGAAGAAGUAAUAAAAAUGUUUAAUUUG